CGUCGUGUCACGGAGCCGUGAAUCCGUUCGCGCUCGCGUACCCCGUAGCGCGUAUCGUAGCUGAGGAGCGGUUUUGCGGGUGUAUUUUCGUACGCGGAGCACAGACGGGACGUCAACAUCAGCCAACGCGUACGCUCGGCAUAGCAUGUCCACGAUGAAUCCCGAAUACGAUUACCUGUUUAAACUGCUCCUGAUCGGGGAUUCCGGCGUUGGGAAGUCGUGCCUCCUGUUGCGUUUCGCCGACGACACGUACACAGAGAGCUACAUCAGCACGAUCGGCGUCGAUUUUAAGAUCCGCACGAUCGAUCUCGACGGCAAGACGAUAAAGCUACAGAUCUGGGACACAGCAGGGCAAGAACGAUUCAGGACAAUUACGAGUUCUUACUACCGAGGUGCACAUGGUAUUAUUGUUGUUUACGACUGCACGGACCAGGAGACUUUUAACAACGUAAAACAGUGGUUGGAGGAGAUUGAUCGUUACGCCUGUGAUAACGUCAAUAAGCUGCUAGUUGGCAACAAAUGCGAUCUUCACACUAAGAAAGUAGUUGAUUACACAACGGCCAAGGAAUAUGCUGAUCAGCUUGGCAUACCGUUUUUGGAGACAUCGGCGAAGAACGCGAUGAACGUAGAGCAAGCUUUUAUGACAAUGGCUGCUGAAAUAAAACUUAGAGUAGGCCCACCUUCGAGCGGAGCAAGCGAUCCGGCCAACAAGGUGAAAAUAGAACACGGACGUCCAAUCGAAUCGUCUAAAUCUGGAUGUUGCUGAGAACUGUAAUCCCGUGUCCCGUUUAACCAAAAAUAUCCAACGGUGUUGCGGUCCGGAUACUGCAAAAUUCAACUUACUACUGGAAAGCAUAAGGACGGAAGUUUCAGUUUCGCAUCAACAACAAAAAGAAGAAAAAACCAAGAAACGUCUACUAACAGACACGACACACAACAAACAAGCAAACAACACACACACAUUCAUACUACAUGGACCACCAACUCUCUUUCGGAGUUGCAAAAACGUCUCUUGUCCGCCUGCCCCACUUCAUGUUUUUGUAGUUCUCUUUCUUCCCCAUGAGGAAGGAACGCGAUUACUCAACCGCUAUUUUCUAGCGUUCUCGAGUUCGACUUUAGAUAAAUUUGUCGAAUUAGUCAUCGAUAACGUCGAGCGAGAGUGCGCAGCGUGUGCAUAACAAAAAGGGGCAACUCGAGUCUUGAGAAGUAAAUUGAAUACAUAUUAUGUACGGUGGUUAUAACGAUAAGCACUUUAAUGUUUUUUUUUUUCGUCUUUUUUAGCCUAAUUGUAAUGUGUACAAUGGAGUAUGUGUACGGCUCCGUAGCACGGGGCCAUUUCUAUCCCCCCUAUACUAUAAUCCAGAACGUUUUUUCCAUUUUUUCGUUCUACUCGCAGUUUUCCCUCACCCAUGCGGAUGCGCGGAAGCAUCUCUCCUCGGGCAUCUCUUUUCCCCCGUGAGAUUCCAUGGGAAAUGCACUGCCCCGUAUUUUUGUUCUCCCUCCCUCGGAGCUCAUUAGUGUAAUUUAAUAACGUAUUAAUAAAUAUUUCAACGCUAACUCUCUCGGAGCGCAUAACAUAGCAUGGACCUAUUAGCGCGAGUAACGCGCGUACGAGAUGUAUAUGGCAAGUAAGAUUCGAGAGAACAUCUUGCACAUUUAUUACACACAUACAAAAUCGCGAAAAAAAUGUGGAAUCUUUCGUUCUUCGUGAGCUGCGUCAUCGAGCCUCGUCAUCUCUCUUUUUUUUUACAAUGCAGAUGCGAUCCGAGAAUCAAGGGGAGUCGAGUCUACGGAGUUCCAUUUCGAUCGAACAUAGAAAACGGGGAAUAUUUUAUACGAGCUAAGAUGUUACAGUUACAUUUAAUCCAAAACAAAAAUCGUAUCUUUGUAUUCGUGAGAAAGCUAUUGUGACGGGUAUACGAAAUAACGGCACUCGAAAUUACAACUAUAGUAACUGUAAUUAAUAAAAUGUGGAAGAAUAAACCAGCUAUCUAAACAA